AUGCUCAACGCGAUAGCUAGUUCAUCCCGUCUGUAUCUGAGAGGUAUAGCCACUUCUUCCAGAAAUUUACAGAAAGCGCCUUUACUACCAUCCCGGGAAGUACCGACACCCGCGGAAUUCUUAACGUUAAUAGGACGUGGAGUGGAAAAAAGAUUGGGUUCACAAGUUGAAAGCUGGGAAAGUUUGAGUGAGAUUUGGAAAAAGGGUGGGAAAGCUUUGAAGAAUGUCGGUUUGGGAGUGAGAGAAAGACGGUGGGUAAACUCUUCUCUCGAUGCACAAGAAACUGAUGAAAAGCUAUGGGCCAUGGCCAAAUAUUCUCAAGGAAUUUCUCCAUCAACAUUCAUCAAACCUCCAAGACCUGCAAAGAAGAUACGGGGUUGGGGACCUCGGGUGCAGAACGGGGUGCGGGUCAAGAAAUGA